UUCAUGCUGAGGACCAAGGAAGGCACUCAAGCACCUGCAAUAAACUCCACUUAAAUUCAGUGGAUCCUAUUAUCUAUGGCUUCCAAGAAAGUGCCUACGUGUGGUGAACAUUUCAGGCCAGAAAAAUUAAAAGAAUGGCCAGAGCUCGAGUCAGUUGCUUUAAUGGAGGUGUUAGCUAGAGAAGACAUUGAUGAAGCUGUACAUGCAAUAUUAUUUAGAGAAAAUUACAUUGCCAAGGUUAUGUUGCCUUUGUUUUGUGAUUCCCUGUUUAGAAGAUGGCAAGAGAUGGAUGAAGAGAAGAGAGCUGUUUUUCAAAAUAAGACAGGAAAACGAUAUACCUUAAAAGAAUGUAAAGACCUAGAGAAGGCCAGGCUUUAUGCCACAUUGCCCCAUUUCACUUUUACUCUACAUGAUGUUAUUCUAGAGUGGCAUAAAGCCUCUGCGAGAUCUGUGAGAAACAAAACACCUAGUAAAUGCAGUCCUGAGAAACUUAUCUGUUCAGAAAAUAAAUAUCUGCCUGAUGAAGAGAAUGAGACUACUGACCAGACCAUUUUUGAAAGGCAAUUUCAUUCCUCAAAGCUCAGCCAGGAGAAUGGAAGGGAAGAGAGGAAUUGUGUGGUGAGCAGAGAUCUGGGGGAGCAGGGCUGGGAUGGCACAAGUUGCAACAUGCACAAGAUGACAGGCAUUGAUUUUGGAAUUUGAGCCAUUGACACAUCCCUCCUUGUGACACAGGUUCCCCAGGGUAGAGAAGGCAGGAGGCAAAAAAGGGAGUGGAAAGGAUGUUGCAGAAGAUUUACUUCAUGCA